AUGAAGGUUAAUAAAGACAUAGAUAAAAGAGCAACUGCACAACGAAAGUUACUUAGUUGUUCUUGGAAACAGGCAAAUAUUGACGAAAUGAUUGAUUGGAUAAGAAAGAAUUAUAUAGAUCAGGAAAUGAAUAAUAUUAUUGGUAUUGAUUUUAUUCAAUGGUUUUUUCAUAAAGCGAAAGAGGAAAAUAACCCAAUUUAUUUAUUAAAAGCAUACACAGCAGAGACAGAGUUUUAUACGAAAUUGAAUCAGCAAUUAGCAACAUCACAUUUCAAUGAAUCUGACAGUCAAUUUAAUCUGAUCGGAAGAAAUUGGAUUCUUAAAAUAAUAUUUUCUCAUCCUUAUUUACAUCAAUAUAUUUUCAAAGGCCAAACAUACAGAGGAAUGCAAAUAUCAUCAGAAGACCUUAAACAAUAUAAAGUCGGUAGUCAUGUUAUGAAUAAAUCGUUUUUAUCGACAACAAAAACAAGAGGUAUAGCCGAACAAUUUGCUUUUAAAAGUGAAUCGUGGCAAAAUUCUGAUGAAAAAAAAAUAAAGUUAUCUACAUUAUGCACAUACGAAAUAAAAAAAGAUCGUUCUGGUUUAGACAUAGAACACAUAUCUGAAUAUCCUCACGAAAAAGAAGUUUUGAUUCUUCCAUAUUCUGCGUUUAAAGUGAUUAAAAUUCAAAUGACAAAUGCAAUAACAAACAAUGGUAUUGAAGUUGAAAUUGAAUUAACGGAAUGUGAUUCAUUUGUAGACAGUGGAAAUGAAAGUUUAUGUCUAUCCUAUAAUCGUCUGUACACUAUCCAUCAAUCUGGAGAAGAAGAAUGA